AUGGUAUCACACUUGAAGAAAACCAAAAAGCGCCUUGAAGAGGCUCAGAUCACCUUGAACACACUACUGACAAAGCACAGUUAUGUCACUGUAGAUUGUGACGUUGAUCAAAACACUGAUGGCUGGGCUUCUCAUUAUCUGUUUUCUUCAAGCGAGGACCUUCGAAAGUUGAAGCUGAAGCGGGUCAAAGCACGAACUGGUCGUGAGAAGCAGGAGCUUUUGAACUUACCUAAAUCCCUGGUUCGCCUGGAGACUCAGAUUCAUAACGCGGCGGCCGAGCUAGGAUCAGAAGAAUUCAGGGAGCUCACGGGGCUUACAGACGACAGAGCAAAGCCCUUACUAGCGCUGCAGGUAGCUAAAGGGAAGCUCUACGAGGCGAAGAUCUUCUUCCGUGCAACCGACUUCGUUGCUUACGUGUGUUCCGGCGAUGAACCAGGGACCACUAGCCAAGGUCGACUGAAUUAUAUCAAGUCCCAUAAGAGCAAAAUGUUCAAAUCAAAAUACAACUCGUAUCACCGACGUAAAUAUCUCCACGCGGGACUAACAUCUGAUACACGUCGCCUUUGGUACAAUUGGAACUUUGAUUUCAUCGAUGUCAUCAGAUCAACUGCUGUCCAUCUUCCUAGCCCUCUGAGAUUAGGGCAUGAUCAAGAAAUUGUAAGCAAAUGGAAAGAUCUUAUGGAAGUCAAGUUUGAACAUUGGGACCGGACGCUGGCAAGGAUGGGUGUUCCAGAUGUGGCUGUUCCAGAUGUUGAGCGUGAUUUACUUGCGGAAAUGGAAGCAGAGGCAGAGGAAGAGGAGUUGUUUGCUCCUGAAGAUUUUGAAUUGGGAGAGGAUGACUAUGACUUGCAUUGA